UGGGGAGCCACCCUCCGAGGUUUUGCAGGUUUCUCUCCCAAGGGGAACAGUCGUGAUGAACUGCACGGUGGACCCGAGGGUGCUUUUGAGGGGCAUGACCCUUGAGAUUGACAGAGCCGCCCUCGGGGCUGAUGAUGACUUGGCCCUCGAGGACAAGAUCCUCAGGUCUUCCCUCACUGCUUGCAUUGCCCUCGGCGAACAGGCCCGGAGGCUGGAGGAGUGGCGCCUGCACAAAGCUGAGCAGGACGCGAAGAUGAAGGAACUCGUCCGCCAGAACUUUGAUGCCAUCAGGCAGAUGGCUGCGCUGGAGGAGAGCCUUCGGUAGAUGACGCUGCGGGCGGAGGCCGAUGACCGGGGCAAGGCCGAUGCUGAGAGGUCCG